AGGCACCGAGGCACUCGCUGCUGCUGCUGCUGGCCUGGUUUGGGCUGAAAAACAGCAUUUUAGAGCUUUCACUGAGGACUCUGGCCUCCCUCCAGGGAAACUUGCCAUUCCUGACAGCAGGCGAUGCCGCAGCCCAGCCCAUGGGGCCCGGCCAGGCUUUGGUGCUGCCCGUCCUGCUCUGCUGCCUGUGCCCAGGUGCUGCGAACUUCGAGUGCAAGGGGCGCGUCUGGAUCGAGCCCGCUCCGGUGGUGCGGCUGGGCUCCGACAUCUCCAUCGUCUGCCAGUCCUGGCUGGGCUGCCCCUCGGCGCAGCUCCUCAUCCUCCUCAACUACAGCCUGGCCGAGGGCAGCCCGCUGGCCCUGCCCGGCGGCGCCGCGCGGCUCCGGCUGCGCCGCUUCCAGGCGCCCUUCGCCACCGUCACCUGUUUCUCCCGCUGCGCCCGGAGGGACCGCCUGGUGUGCGGCACCGAGCUCCGGGCGGGCUGUGAGUGCCCCCGAGCCCCGCGGAGCCGCGGCCGGCCCCAGCCGGGGUGGCCGUGCCCUCACCCGGCCUCGCCCCGCAGACCCUCCGGACCCCCCGGGCAACCUGAGCUGCGCCAUCGCCGAGGGCUCGGAGCGCCUGCGGUGCGGCUGGGAGCCGGGACGGCUCACGCACCUGCCCACCCGGCACAGCCUCCACCUGCGCAGGGUGGUGGCACAGGAUGAGGAGGAUGAGGAAGAGAAGACCUUCCCUGCAGACUCACCUGUGCUGCUGAGCGAGCUGCACAACGACAGCCACUACUCAGUGUGGGUGCAGGCCAGCAACGCGCUGGGCACUGCCCGCUCGGCCCCUCGGCACCUCAGCCUGCAGGAGCUUGUGGUGCCCGCUCUGCCCGUGGCCAUCGGCGCCGAGACGACGGACGCGUCCCCUGCCCGCACCACCACGCGCUGGAGGAGCCAGACCCGGCUGAGCAGCGUGCACUGCGAGGAGAGGCACAGGGCCACGGGCACCCCGACGUGGAGCGUGAGCCCCCAGAGCCCCCUCACCCGCCCCGGGGAAGAGACGCCAGCCCCGUUCCUGCCGGAGAGCCCGCGGGCAGCGGGAAUGUUUGGGGCCAUUCCAAACUCACCCCUUUGCUCUGCUGCUGGCCAGACGGGCACCCCCGGCCAGGCCCCGCUCUGGGGACAGCAGAUGGCCUCGUGGGCAGGGUUAUCUCGGCUUUUGGAGCAAAAAGACGGAACUGCAAAUGUUUCCAAACGUUCCGCUCCGCAAGGACGAGGCGCAAAAUCCUGGGGGACGCUCAGAGCACACCCCAGACAAACCCACCCGGGGCAGGGAUGGAAACGCCCCUGGGCACUGCCAGGGCUGAGGUGCCACAGGAGCCCCAAAAUCUCCGUGCUGGCACACUCCCAGCGCGGCUGGGGGCCCCGGCAGUGCCCCGCAGGGUGGCACAGGAGGGGACAGGGCGGGUCGUGCCCAUCCCGCGGGGAGGGCCGUGACCUCCCCAGCGCCCGGGGGUGCCGGUGGCAGCGGGGACCCGCCGGGUGCCGCUCCCCCAGCGCCCCGCUUGCCUUGCAGGUGGAGCAGUGUGACAGCGUGGCACAGGAGGGUCCCCGCUGUCAGCACGAGCUGCAGAGCGACACCGAGUUCGUGUUCCAGGCCCGGUGCCGGCUCGGCACCGCCCGGAGCCCCUGGAGCGCCUGGAGCCCCCCGUUCGUGUACCGCACCCCCGAGGCAGCCCCCGCCGCCGCUCCCGCCGUGUGGCGGCGCCUGGGCCGGGCGCUGCCCGACGGCAGCCGCGAGGUGACGGUGCUGAUCAAGCCGCUGGCGGCGCGGGAUGCCCGCGGGAGGAUCCUGGGCUACGCCGUGAGCGCCGAGAGCCCCGCGGGAGCGCGGCUGCUGUGCCUCACCCCCGGCACCGAGUGCGCCGUGCUGGUGCCGCCCGGAGCCCGCAGCCUCCUCGUCACCGCCCGCAACGCCAAAGGGGCCUCCAGGCCGGCCAGCAUCCCCCUGAACCGGGCUGCAGCUCAGGAAGAAUUCCCAGCCCCAGAGGCCGUGGAGGUGGAGGCUGAGCAGCAGGGCAGGGUCCUGGUGCGCUGGCAGCCCCCCCGGGCCAGGCAGAGCCCCCUGCUCUGGUUCAUCCUCGAGUGGGUCUCCAGCUCCCAGCACGGCCAGCAGGAGCAGUAUGGCUGGGACAGAGUGCCACAGCACCAAACAGACACCUACAUCCCAGGGGCAGCGGUUCCCCCCCGUGUGUGGCUGUACGCGGUGUAUCCCGGCGGGAUCAGCGCUCCCUGCUCCAGCCCAGCCCCUGCAGAGGAGCCGCUCCUGGGCAGCGCCUACAGCGAGAUGUCCCAGGAUGAUGACAUCCGAGUUUUCCUGGGACUGAGCCUCAGCGUGGUCGGAUUAUCCAUUCUUUUUGCAGUUGUGAUGUUUAAAAAGUCAGUCAGGAAAAGGGUCAAGGCCACCCUUGUGUCCCUCUUGCCGAGGUGGAUGCUCGAGGACUUUCCCCACCUGGAGAACAGCACCGUGGUGAAGUCACUCCAGGUGAGGGCAGAGUUAUCUCCUGGCUUGGCUUGCCCUCAGGUUGAAGCUUGGCUUCACAGACUCAUGGAAUUAUUCAGGUCGGAAAAUCCCUCUGAGACCAUCGAGUCCAACCGUCCCCAGCACUGCCAACACUGCCCCGUGUCCCCAAGUGCCACAUCCACAGGGAUUUUAAAUCCCUCCAGGGAGGGACAGCCCAUCCCACAAAGAAAUUUCCCCAAAAGUCCAGCCUAAAGCUCCCUGGCAGGACCUGAGGCCAUCUCCUCUGGCAAUGUUCCCCGUUAGCUGGGAGAGGGCAGCUCGUGUGAGGAACAGCGAUGGGGAGAGGUUCCAGUUCUGAGGCACUGGGAACGGCUCAGGAAUCAUUCCCAGGGGUGUGGGAGCCUGCAUUAGCUGAGAUUCGCUUUAAACCUGAAUUCCACAUUUUCUGUUUUCCU